AUGCAGUUCUUGACCCUGGCCCUGCUCCUUUUCACCUUCUCCACAACCGCCUUCGCAUCAUCCCCAAACCCAUCAUACACCCACAUCCAAAUCAACAACGCACCGACCCCCAUCACGAAAUCGCGGGUAUCCACGCACCUAAGAAGAGCAGCUGAGCACGACAGCGCGUCUCCGCAGCUCAACAAAAGCGAGACAGACGAUGCACACGCCGCUCUGCACCACGUCUCCACCGCGACCCCGGAUGCGACGACCGAUGGCGUGAAAGCCAGGGUCUCGGGGCGGGGGAUGAGCAGGCGCACGGCAUCAGCUGCGAAGGCGCGCAGUGGGCCGGUAGACGAUCAGAUGCGACGGGGUACGGAGCGACGGGGUACGGACGAGAAGGAGCAGGCGCGGAGGAGCAUGGGGAAGGGCAUGGAGGCGAGCGAGUAG